AGCUCAGUUUUCGUACAGGUGUCGACCUGCGUGCAAUCACUCAGUGCGGCGUAACAUAAUCGUAUUGGUAUUAUCGUGCAUAAAAAAUAAUUAUAUUGUCAUAUUGUUCCGUUCGCGGAAUUUUAUUGUUUACAACAAUCUAUUCGAUAUUAUUAUUGGAGUGUGUGGUUUUAAUAGACGAAUUAUUACCAACUAAUAUUGUGCUUAACUUUUUUAUUGGUAUUUACAUAUAUAUUUUUUUUCAUAUUUUAAAUUUUUCGCGUCUUAAUUAUACACAGUACACAGAUGAACAGUGAUCGGAGAUUGCCGCCUCGGAUGGAAUAUAGUUUUCGAGAUAUCAUCACAUACACUUAUUACUACUGCUAACGAGAACAUCGCGAGGGCUUAUGUAAUAAACCCUUAUACUAUUCAUAGGUGACGAUGAGCGCGACAACAACAACCAUAACGACGGCUGACUGCGAGCUGCUUGGCCGAGGACCCGUCCAAGGAUCUGCUGAUUCGGACAGCCUGGCCACGCUGGUUAGACAGCUAUGCAAGAAGCAGCAACAGCGUGGUCGGCUACCGGGACGUCGGUGUACGGUGGCAUGCAGUCGGGACGGUGGGUUGGAGAUCAUCCCGUACCAGAGGAAGCGGCCAGACGACGAGGGUUUUGAGUCGGAUGAGGACUUAGCGUCGCUAGGCUCAUACGAAGAUCCCACAAAGAGGAAGACAGGUACGUUGGCAGCUGUGUCGACGGCGGCGGGUGCGGCAUCGGACAGCGCCAACAGCAGUGGCGUUUCAGAAGACAGCGAUGACGCYGACGCCGCUUCACUCAGAGGUGGGCAGGCACCAGUGACGGUCGCCACAGAAGUGGCCGACGAAUCUGGUCGAGAGGCAUAUGUGCUGACUGACGUGGCGUUCUGUCACACAGAUGCGGCUGCACUACCAGGUAUCGCAGUAUGGGUAAUCAAGACCAGGAAGACGCCAUCUGCUGGCCUGGAAGCCAUAGUGGUCCGGAGCCGGGACAACCAGCUACAGGACGUGUGCCGGGCGUACCAGGAGCACAGUAGGCGCAUAAAGUUGGAGCCGAAGCCUUGGGUGGGCCACGCAACAGGUGGCGGUGGGCUAUUGUCGUCACAGAGGCGCAAAGUGGGCGUCAGCAAUGGCAACAUAGCGCUGACGGCUAUGCCCGAAGUAAACCGAUUCAACCUGGUGCAGCGGACAGACACCGACGGGGUGACGCACAUUGAAGUGACGGCAGGACCUGUGGUCGCGGUGGCUAACUCAACUUCCAGGGACUCGUCUCAGUCAAGCAUCAUAAGCAUAAGCACACCCGAAUCUCCGAGACCGACGAACAAAGACCGAUCCUACGGAGACGAUAACCAAGACCGAGACGAUGCCGACGGUGACAUUGAGCCACCACCACAGAGACCGGAAAGAAGAAAAUACAAGGCGAAACCGGACAAUAGUGACGGGAGUAACGAAGACUAUAGGCGGCAACAGAAGGUGGUUAGGGGCCAGUUCAUUCGGGUCAAUGUCAACCAUUGCGCCGUGUUGCCGCCAGCGAGCCCGGAACCGGAAAGGAAGCCCGGCCAGGAGUCACCGACCAAGUCGCCCGCCGGCCAAUCGCCAUCAACUGUUGUCUCAGACCGACUGUGGUCAACGGCUGAUUACGACAGGCUGGACGGUCGGUAUGAACAACACAGGCGGUCAUCUAGGCCCAGCAGUCGGACUCGAAGCAGGAGUACAGGCCCGGGUCGCCGGCAACAACAUCCAUUGCAACUGGCCGCCGUCCAACCGUCACAUCCUCCGCCAGUGGCGUUCAGUAGGUAUCCGAACAUCGAACAGCAGCAGCCGUCAUCGUUCGGUAACCGGUUCUUCGGCAAACUCCGAGAGAUAACUUCUGGUAAUCAGUCACCACCACUACAGGACUUGCAACCUGUAGCUUUCCGGCGCCGCAACAGCGUCGGUGAAUCUGUAACCGCCAACUUCUAUCAAUACUUCAGUCAUCAACACCAACAUCACCAACACAGCCAAUACCAUCAACAACAGCAACAGCAACAGCUCUAUCAGCAGCAACUUCACCAGCAGCAGAGACAACAGGUUAAAAAUGGCGGACAUCUCAAGUCGGUAAUCAAGAAAAACAACAAGAGCCAACUCUAUCAACAUACCUACGACGAACCCAAAAAGGUCACGUUUAGCGCCUACGCCACUGUUCAAGUAGUCGAUUAAUUAGGCGUCACCUUCCCCAUAGAUUCAUUGUACCAUAUACAAAGUUUAUUUGUGUUAUCGAACGUCAGUCGUCGUUGUGUUACCAAUAGAUUUAACCGGUCACGCUGACCGCCUAUCGGGCAAUAGGGCGUAGUAUAUUACCGAAAAAUUGCUCAAAUUCACCUAUAUGUUUUUGGUCUGCAUCAGCACCUAUAAUAACCACAAUAUGUAAAAGCAUUGACUAUAGGGUGAUUCGAUUUAAAAAUGGUCAAUUGUUGUUCAACAUUCUUAUAGUUUGAAACUAUGCGUCUAAUUAAUAGCUUAUUUCUCCUUUUUUAAUGAUUAACAUAAUUAUAUAGCACCGCAACAUACAUUUUUUCGUUCUAAAUAUCKUCAAAACUCAACCAUCAAAUCGAAAUCUAAUAAAUCGUUAUGGUUGCACGUCACAUUGGUCAUUGUAUUUAGAGGUCAAGUUCGUGUCUUCGUCGUUGAAGGCAUUUGUAAACUGGGGCCCGACAYGAUGUUGUAGUCAUCGUUAAUUUACUCUACUUCCUUUUACGUGGGAAAUCUUUGAUUGUUUCAUCGUUUUAUCUUCGGUCGGAAGAUAGUAAACGGACGAAAACGACAUUAAAAUACUACGUAUGUUUAUUCUAAUACUAAGAAAUAAUCUKACAAAAACGGAGUGACCGUAAACCUAUUUAUAAUAUAUAUCAGUAUAAUAUUGAAUAUUACGUCACUGUUGUUYUAGUUUUAAGAAUGUGAUCGAUYAAUUACUAUUCGGUUAUAAUAUAUAUAUUUUUAUCGACACGCCAUUCACGAAUAUUACGCCCUCUUACCCGUUACGCGUUCGCGUUAUAUUCUAGUAAAGCUAUUCACUAUUCAAAUUGUUGCUCAUUAAACGAAAUAUUAAUAUAUUUUAUUUAUGAACGUAUUUUAUAUAUAAUAAAUAUAUUAUAUUACCUAAAUAAUACGU